AUGUAUACUUCUCCUUCUUCUUCAAGUUCACCUGAUAUUCUCCCAUGUUUUUCAAGUUCAUCUACUAGUCCAUCAUCUUCAUCACGUUCAUCUAAUGUUACAUCAUCUUCAUCCCGUUCAUCUAAUAUUACAUCAUCUUCAUCGGUACAAUUAGUAAAUGUAUCACAUACUGAUGCAUAUGAUACUAUUGAAAAAUAUACAACAGACACUAUUACUAUUUGUCUUAAAUAUAAAAAGACUAAAUAUACAAAAGCAUUAUUCAAAAACUAUGACGCACGUUAA